AUGUCCCAGUUCCUAUCCCUCAUAGGCUGGGCCUUCCUUCCUGGUUCCAUCUACUAUGGCCUGACAGUUCGCGCCGGCGACCCCAAGCCCGCGUCGGGCUCGCCGCGAUACACGUCCCACCGCAACACGAUUCACAUCCUCGUCGUGGCCACGUACCUGCUCUACACCAUCUACGAGGCUCACUACGACCUGCGCAGCGCGCCCUCGUUCUACACGGAGCUCGGCAUCCCCGUGACGGCGGUGGACCGCGACAUCAAGUCGCGCUUCCGGCGGCUCGCCGCGCUGCACCACCCUGACAAGAUGGGUGCUGCUGCCGGUGGCGGCGGCACCGCCGACGGCUCGGCGGCCUUCUUCAUCCACCUCAAGACGGCGAGCGACACGCUGCAGGACGCGGCCAAGCGGUACGCGUACGAGCGCUUCGGCCCGUCCAUGCUCGCGUGGACCACAUGCACCACGGUCCGCGACUUUGUCACGCACGGCGUCGUGUAUAACCUGCUGCCGUACUACGGCAUUGCCGCCGCCACCGUCUACGUCUUUGGGCUGCUCGGCUACAUGGACUUUGCCACGUUUUGGCGCUGGCUGCUGCUCGUCGCGCUCUGCCUGCUCGAGCUGACGGUCGCGACGCGGCCCACGUUCCCGGCGCCGCUCCUCGCCCUCAACACCGUGCUCACGCGCGUCGCCGGCCUGCCGCCGUACCUGCCGUUUGAGCUCGUCCAUCUUGCCCGCAAGGUCACCCUCACCGUGUACAUUGCGCUCUCGCAGAUGGGACCCCUCGUGCUCGCCCAGAUCGACCCGCACGCCGAUAAGGCCGUCGACAACGAGCAAAAGGCCCUCGACGACAGCCUGCUGCGCCUCGAGGGCCUCACGCGCCAGAUGGACGCCGACGCCGCCCGCCUCAUCGACAUGGAGCUUACCCCGUUCAAGGGCGACGCCGACAUGGCCGCCAAGAUGCGCACAAAGAUGCGCGAGUGGCUCAUCAACAAUACCAUUCGCUCGGAUCCCAUGGUCAAGGAUGCGCUGGGGAAUUCGUUUAAAAAGAGACGCUCGGAUGCGCCCGCGGGCGCCAAGGGGAAUAGAUGA